UCACUUUGUCCGUAUUCUUCAACGAAUGGUGUCGGUGACUAUAAUCUUAAUAUUGUAACGGUAGAAUCGCUGUAUUUGCUGUAUUUAUACCUGUCGUGGCAUAACUUAUCAGAAAAUAACAUUGUCUCCGUUUAAAGAUGAAGUUCUUUGCAUUAAUAUUUGCAGUGACUUGUUACCUUACUUUAAGUUUUGCGAAAAUUGAAACUGAAGACUCGGUUUUGGUACUUACAAAAGAUAAUAUCGCAGAAGCUAUCGGACAAAAUGAUUAUGUGCUUGUUGAAUUUUAUGCACCAUGGUGUGGACAUUGUAAAGCUUUAGCACCUGAAUAUGCUAAAGCAGCCAAAAAGUUAGAGGAGGGUGGUUUCUCUGUAAAAUUAGCUAAAGUUGAUGCAACUGUUGAAACAGAAUUAGCUGAGAAGCAUGGAGUUCGUGCAUAUCCUACCCUUAAAUUUUAUCGUAAAGGUUCAGCUAUUGAUUACAGUGGUGGUCGUCAAGCAGAUGAUAUUAUUAACUGGGUAAUAAAAAAGACUGGUCCAGCUGCUAAAGAUUUGCCAACAGUCGAAGAAGCUAAAUCAUUUAUCGAGGCACGAAAUGUUGCCAUUGUUGGGUUCUUUAAGGAUGCAGAAUCAGAUGGUGCAAAAAUAUUUUUAGAAGUUGCUAAUGCUGUUGAUGAUCAUGUAUUUGGUAUAAGUAGUAAUGAAGAAGUUUUCAGUGAAUAUGGAGUAGAAGAUAGUAAAGUUGUUUUGUUUAAGAAGUUCGAUGAAGGCAGGAGUGAAUUUAAUGAUGAACUUGAUGUUAAAAAAUUACAAAACUUUAUCUCUGUACAUGCAUUGCCUUUAGUUGUUGAUUUUAAUCAAGAUACUGCACAAAAGAUAUUUAGUGGUGAUAUUAAAAGCCAUCUACUUGUCUUCCUUAGUGAAGAAGCUGGUCAUUUUGAAGAAUAUGUAGAAAAGAUUAAAGAACCAGCAAAGAAGUUCCGUAAAGAGGUUUUGUUUGUAACAAUUAAUGCUGAUAAAGCUGAUCAUGAACGCAUUUUAGAAUUCUUUGGUAUGAAGAAAAAUGAAGUACCUGCUAUGCGUAUUAUACAACUUGAACAGAAUAUGGCUAAGUACAAGCCAGAAAACCCAGAAUUAUCUAGUGAAAAUGUUUUGGAAUUUGUAACUGCAUUUGUUCAAGGCAAAUUGAAAAAACAUUUACUUACACAAGAUUUACCUGAAGACUGGAAUAAGAAACCUGUAAAAGUUCUUGUUGGUACUAACUUCCAUGAAGUUGCUUUUGAUAAAACGAAGAACGUUUUAGUUGAAUUUUAUGCUCCAUGGUGUGGACACUGCCAACAAUUAGCUCCUAUAUAUGAAGCACUUGCAGAAAAAUAUAAAGACAGUGAAGAUUUAGUUAUAGCAAAAAUGGAUGCUACUGAAAAUGAAUUAGAAGAUAUAAGAAUUGUUAAUUACCCUACAAUUACUCUCUACAAAAAAGAAACAAAUGAAGCUGUAUCAUACAAAGGUGAAAGAACACUUCAAGGACUUUCUAAGUUCAUUGAUUCUGAUGGUACUUAUGGUCAAGCCCCAGAAGAAGCUCAAGAAGAAGAUGAAGAUGAUGAUGUGCCAAGAAAAGAUGAAUUAUAGAUAUAUAUCAUUAUAAAAGAGCAAAUUUAAUAAUUUCUCAUAACUACUGUUUAUAAACUUUGUAAUUCUGCUUGAAAGAUAUUAAUUUAUAGAAGA